AUGCCGACCCAUUGCUCGGUACCUCUGGCAGCAGCGGUCUUUGCAGCCGCCUGCGCUGUCGAAACGCAAACGGAUCCCGGUCCCGUCUUGCCCGUGGUCGUUAUCCGCCGCGUCAUGGCCGUCAUGGCCAGUCCCGCGGGAAACAUGGUGCUGGACAGCGAAGUCGGCUGGACGGUCACCUGCUUCAGCAGCACCCUCAAACAAAGUGGAUGCGUCGACCUGAACAAUGGCCUCGCUCUCCACGUCGAGGCGCCUGAUACGGCAGUCAUGGAGCACAACAGCGGCACAGCUCGCUCAAAACGGAAAGCCAGGGGGUGCUUGUUCCUCUUCUCGCGCCCACCCCACAGUCUCUGGAACCAAAGGAGGAGAUGGGAAGAGAAAAUCCCCUCGUUUGGAGACGAUGCCCGCGGCCCUCUUUAUACAUCUGUCUCGUCGAGCAGCGAAUCUCGCCUUCUGCUGUUGUUCACAACCCAUUUCCUGUUCACUGGUCCUGGCGACCUUCUGGACUCCCCGGCCGACCAAUAA